CGGCGCAGGCGCCGAUUGGCCGGCAGCGCGCAGGGCGGAGCGCAGCGCAGAGCGAUGCUGGCGGCGGCGGGCGGCAGCUCCGGCCCCGGCGGGGCGGGCGGCUCCGGGCCGGGCCUCGACGGGGACUUCUUGUCGCGGUACCGGCUGGUGUCGGCCAAGCUGCGGCGGCGGUUCCUGCGGAAGCCGAACGUGGCGGAGGCGGCGGAGCAGUUCGCGGCGCUGGCGCGGGAGCUGCGCGCCCAGGAGAGCCUGCCCUACGCGGCCUGGUGCCAGCUGGCCGUGGCGCGCUGCGCCCAGAGCCUCUUCAACGGGCCCGCCGAGGCGGCCGCGCUGGCCGAGGCGGCGCGGCUGUUCCUGCGGCAGGAGCGGGACCUGCGGCAGCGCCUGGGGCUGCGCGGAGGCUUCGGCGAGCACGUGGCCGCGGCGCAGAGCUGCGGCGCCUUCGCCGCCCGCCUGCACCUGGAGCGGGGGCAGCCGGCGGUGGCGGCCGGGCUGUGCCUGGAGCUGGCGGCGGCGCUGCGCGACACGGGCCAGCCCGCCCGCGCCGCCGCGCCCCUGCAGCGGGCAGCCGAGCUGCUGGCGGCGGCGCGGCUGCCGCUGGAGGCGCUGCGCUGCCUGGCCGAGCGCGCCUCCUGCCUGCUGCUGGGCCGCGACUACGCCGGCGCGCUGGCGGCGCUGACGCGGGCGCAGGCGCUGGCCGGGGCCGGGCUGGGCGGCGCUGGAGGCGCCGGGGCCGCGGCCGGCGGCGCCUUCUUGGACGUGCUGGCGCGGUGCGAGGUGUCGCGGGUGCUCCUGCUGCUCCUGCUGCAGCCGCCGCCCGCCAAGCUGCUGCCCGAGCACGCCCGGACGCUGGAGCAGUACUGCUGGGAGCCGGCGGAGGGCGGCGCGGGGCCGGGGCCCGGGGGCGGCCCCGGUGCGGGCGGAGGGCUGCCGCCAGCGGCGAGCUACCUGCCGGCCGAGCUGUUCCUGCUGCUGCAGUCCGCCGUGCUGGCGUGCCAGGAGAAGGACGCGGAGGCGCUGAAGGCGCUGCAGGCCGAGCUCUGGCCGCUGCUCAGCGCCGAGCAGAACCACCUGCUGCAUCUGGUGCUGCAGGAGAUGGUCAGCCCUGCCGGGCAGGGGCUCUGACCGCCGCCGCCUGCACCGACGGGCCUCGCCGGGCUCCUGCGGGGCGGCAGGACCGGGCUGGGACUUGUUACCUGGAGCACUCUAUGUACCAGUGCACCUGUCAGCUCCUUAUUUAUUUUUACUACAUAUUCUGUGACAGGCAAGCAAUAAUUGAUGAGCGAAUGUGUUCAGCUACUCAUUUAUCUUGUAUCUUAGUAAACUACUCACGAUACAUUCAAA